AUGAAGUUCGCAUUCGCUCUCGUCGCUCUGGCCGCUGUCGCCGCCGCUGCUCCUCUCGAGAAGCGCGUCUCGCCCAACUGCGGCGGCAAGUCCUUCUCCAACACCAACGUCAACCAGGCUAUCAGCAACGGUGUCAACGACGCUGCUUCUUCGUCCAGCUACCCUCACACGUGAGUAGUGCGCCAGCAUCGGAGCGUGGACAGAUUGCACGCCACCGUUGCUUGUACUGGACAGCAUGAUCUGACACAUUUGCCAUGCUGUCCAUCUCGACUCGUUCCCACUUCAGUUACAACAACUACGGUGAGUCUGCAAGGAGAGCGCUCUGGAUCGCAUUGCAGUCGCCUAAUCUCGUCUUCCAAACUCUUCUUUGUCAACGCAGAGGGUUUCGACUUCAGCGGCGAGUGCUCUGACAGAAGCUACCAAGAGUUCCCUCUGUAAGUAGUCGAUGCUGUCGAGCUGUGGUCUGCUGUACAGCCAAAAAUUCAUCACGCCACCUUUGCAUUCCGCAGCGUCACCAAGAGCGGCGGCUACACUGGCGGUUCUCCCGGUGCUUACCGUGUCAUCUACGGCACCAACACUGGCAACUUCUGCGGAGGUAAGUCUACGCCUCCGACAGUCUUGCUCGAGCGCUGCUAAUCGAAUCUUCUACCAAUUUGUCCGUCUGCAGCCAUCUACCACGCUAGCUCUGACAACUCCUUCUCUCAGUGCGACUACUGA